GCUGAAAGUCAUCUGGGGUAGGUCUCAAGACAGGACGAGCUGUCAGAGGGAAAUGGCAGGGCUGUGAGGAGUCGGAGAGUGUGUGGGGUGGGGGAAGUACAAUGUUGGAGUGGAGGAAGUCAUAGCGAAGACGAAAGAGAAAAAGGACGUCCUAGAGGGGAAGGCUGUCCUGCAAGGAGUGGACCAGGACCAAGAAAAAGUGAAGGCACGAGGUGCAAGAGGUGUGUGCUGGAAGUAUGGGGUGCAUUCACAGCGCCGCCAGGAUCAAGAAGCGUGAACCCAGAGGACAAGAUGCCAGAGAAGUCCCAGAGGAGGAACAUCCUGAGGUGCAUCCUGAAAUCCUACAGCUUGCUGAGCUCACCAGGGCAGGAAGCCACACCUUCACCGUGAAGAGUUUCAAGAAGAGACAGUCGUGUGAUGUGUGUGAGCAGAACAUGGACAGCCCCGGGGUUUUCUGCAAGGAGUGCAAGGUUGCCCUUCAUAAGACAUGUAAAAGCAAGGUCACUGCCACCUGCACACCAGUGGAAGGCCUGCACGGUUCCUUUAAAUCAGCAUCACAGAAAAAGAGAGGCUCCCUACCAAGAAGUAAAAGCGUGGAACAAGUGAUGGAGCGCGUGAUGGAAUGCCACUUCGACUUUGACCUCACCUACAUCACAGAGCGGAUCAUCUCCGUCUUCUUCCUGCCGGACUUGGAUGAACAGCGGUACAGCAGAAACCUGCAGGAAAUGGCAUCUAUGCUCAAAUCAAAACACCAAGACAAGUUUCUGCUUCUAAACCUUUCUGAAAAAAGAGCUGACAUCAGCAGGCUUAACCCAAAGGUGCAGGACUACGGCUGGCCUGAUCUUCACGCCCCUCCACUUGACAGGAUUUGUGCCGCUUGUAAGGCAAUGGAGACCUGGCUGACCUCAGAUCCCAACAAUGUUGUGCUCCUCCACUGCAAAGGAAACAAAGGGAAGACGGGAGUUAUUGUCGCAGCAUACAUGCACUACAGCAAGAUAUCAGCUGGGGCGGACCAGGCCCUCACCACAUUAGCCAUGAAGAAGUUCUGUGAGGACAAAGUGUCCUCCUCCCUACAGCCCUCCCAGAACAGGUACAUCUACUACUUUAGUGGUUUGUUGUCUGGUGCCAUCAAAAUGAACAGCAGUCCUCUGUUCCUCCAUCAGAUCCUCAUUCCGUCGUUACCAAACUUCCAGACUGGAGGAGGAUUUUAUCCCUUCUUGAAAAUCUACCAGUCUCUACAAUUGAUCUACACUUCAGGCAUCUAUGAUCCCCAGAGCUCCAGGGAAAGAAAGCUUUGUGUGACUUUGGAGCCAGCCCUGCUAUUAAAGGGGGACAUCAUGGUGAAGUGCUACCACCGGCGGAGCCGUGCAGCAGAGAGGGAGGUCGUCUUCAGAGUCCAGUUCCACACCUGCACCGUUCAUGGAGCCCAGAUGUGGUUUGGCAAGACAGAACUAGACCAGGCCUGCACAGAUGACAGAUUCCCUCCGGAUGCUGCAGUGGAGUUCAUCUUUUCCAGUGGGCCAGAAAACAUAAAAGGUCGAGAAUUCGGCAAGAAUGACACAUCCAUCAAGGUCGACUAUAACAUCUCUGACCCUGUGGUCAGAUGGGAUUCCUAUGAGAACCUCGCUUUUCACCAACAAAACAGCUUUGAAAAUAUCUCCCACACAAGAGGGCCUUUAGAUGGCAGCUUGUAUGCCCAAGUGAGGAAGCGACGUGGACCAGGCACAACUGCCUCCAAAGCUUCAUCCAAUGGAUGCCUGACAAGAAGCCCAACGGUGAAACCCCAAUCCCCUACCCAGCCUCAGCAUCACACCUACACCUCUAAUUCCAGCAGCUCCUCAGUCCCUACGGGUCACCUGGGAGAUGCUUCCCCACCAAUGAACUGUCCUGCCAGAGAAAACACCGACUGUCCAUUGAGAAGAGGAAACAUGGAAGACAACAGAGCAACAGAGAAAACCAAAAGGAAAGAAAGUGAUAGAGAAACAGCAAUUUUAGAUGACGGAGACCCAUCAAGUCCAAGGGGCUUAAGAAGAGAACAGUCCUAUUGUGUUCAAAUGAAUCCAAAGUGUAGUGAGUCUACAGGAUGGGAGAGGGAUAGAGAGCUCUGUUUUCCCAAUGGUCACUAUCACAAAUAUUGGAACGGCAAUAAAAAGAAUCCAAAAAGCCAAACUCUACCAGCUUUACCCUCUAAAUCUAUGUCUCCUCCUCUACAUUCACCUCACAUGGAACUCUGCCACCGCCACAGUGCCAAUCAUUUGCCUGAGUUACCUUGGGAACAUUCACCUGCUCCACCAUCCCUGCCCUACCUCCACAAACCAUGCUACCCUUAUCCGACUACUGAACACGCCCACACUCGCAGUUUUACCCUGCCAGCUUCCAACCGACUCUGUCCUGGGGAAGAGUGCCACCUCUUCCACUAUUCCAGCCAAGGUCCCGCCCCUCAUCUCUCCCACCAAGCACAGCCCUCAAGCCCUUAUAGAGAAAUGCUCUUCAGCUCUCCUCCAUCAUCCUCUUGCUGCACCUGUCAGGACUGCUCCAGCAGGCAAUCAGCCACAGUAAGAGCAUUCCACCCACUACACUCAGACCAGUCAGACAACCCACACUGGCCCCAGGGAGCUGGGAUACAGCAGAUAAGAGAAGCACCUCCAUUAUGGGAAACUGAAAAGCCAUGGGAGCUGGCAAGGGGGGCAGAGUUUUGGCAGUGUAAAUCACCCAUGUCGCCAUUUCGCCUUUGCCCUUCCACUUUAGAUGAGGUCCCAAAUCCUGAGCAACAUAGAUUUGACAUCAGAACUCAUCAGAACUACCCUGUUCCCCAGAUGAUGAUGGAUAUGCGAGAUGGAGCAAGCAGUGGGUACCACACUCCUCUACAACCCCGCCACUCAUGCCCUUGCUCUCCUUAUCAGUCAUCCCCGUCUGACAGCCGUGAGAGCCGCGGUUAUGCCUCAGGGUACCACUCUGGAUCAGCUUCGCCUCUGCCUGCAAGUAGCCCAUCUCCUGGGAGGGGAAGGCUUCCUAACACCCUCUUGGAAACCAGAGAGCAGCCACACACUGAGCACCACAAAGUUGAAAAGGCCCAGAUGGAUGCAGAGGAAGCCAUAUCUCAAUGUUCAGAGAACAAGUCUGACUCUGGAAGUCAGUCAGCCACCCCUGGGUUGGACUCUGAUCAAGACUACACACUCAUUGGUAGCAGCAGUCCAACUCACACAGAAGACAGUGCACAUGCUGAUAGCCUCCUGCAAAGCCAAGAAACUUCUAUACAUACAGAGUCCAACGCAGAUAGCAGCAAAUCUAUCUUGCCAGUACCACCAGAAACACAGAGCCAAACUUCAACCAUAUCUACAAACUCCUUACAACCAUCAAGCGACUCUUCUCAGAGUUCUGAAAUUAAGACUGCAGCAGCCGAGGUCAUUGGAAGUACAGAUGGAUGUAACCAAUCACGUCCUUCCAACUUUGCUACUGCUAUCAUCACUCCAGUCCAAGUACAGCUCAACGGGUGUGCCCUUAGUGAUACGCCGUCAAACUGCAGCGAGGGGGUAGCUAUAAAUCCCUCUGCUAGUCUAAGUUCUAGCCCCUCCACCACUUCUCCAAAUUCCCCCACUGGCUCCCCAGAGAUGCAGUGUUCUCCUCAGCGUUGCACAUCUGCUGCAGAUACAGCAGGACAAAGACUGAGCCCAGACAGAGAUGGAUCAGUCGACACGCAACCUCCAUCUCCUGUCCCAGAUGGAUAUCAUACACCCACCUUCCCCUUAGCCCCCUAUUACUACUCAUUACUAAAUGUCCCACAUGUCCCAUACACUGGUUACACUGCAAUAACAAUCCCCGCCAUCCAGCCACCCCUACCAGAGAAGAAACGCUUAACCUGCAUACCAGCAUCUUUGAAUGGACACAACACUCUUAUCAGGGCCUCUUCAGCUCCUUCAGCUAUGCAUCAUGUUACUUUCUCCACUGCUGUGGGAGAGCAAAAAAAGGGGUCUGCACAUCACAGCUGCAGGGAGGAGGCAGACGUCAGGGUGAAUGCUAAGUUUGUCCAGGACAGCUCCAAGUACUGGUACAAACCAGGAAUCUCCAGAGACCAAGCCAUAGCUGUGUUGAAGGACAAGGAGCCAGGAACUUUCCUCAUCAGAGACAGCAACUCCUUCCAGGGCGCUUACGGCCUUGCUCUUAAGGUGGCGACCCAUCCUCCUAAUGCCAACUUCAUUGUGAACAAAGGGGAUCCUCUGGAACAGCUGGUGAGACAUUUCCUCAUCGAGUCUGGGCCACGGGGAGUGAAGAUCAAGGGCUGUCAGAAUGAGUCCUACUUUGGAAGCUUAUCUGCCUUGGUAUAUCAACACUCAAUUACUCCUAUCUCUCUGCCAUGUGCCCUCCGCAUUCCAGAAAAGGAUCUGGUUGGGGAGCUUCAGCAUACGCAGAGUGCCACGAAUACCAGUACAGCAGCUGACCUCCUCAAACAAGGAGCAGCCUGCAACGUUCUUUACCUGAACUCUGUGGAAACAGAGUCUCUAACGGGGCCAGAGGCUGUUUCCAAGGCAACCAAGUGUACUCUGGCUCUGCAUCCACGGCCAGUUGCAACAGUGGUCCACUUCAAAGUGUCUUCUCAGGGCGUCACAUUGACCGAUAGCAAAAGAAGGAUAUUCUUUAGGCGACACUACCCAAUCAGCAGUGUCACAUUCAGCAGUCUCGACCCCCAAAAUCAGAGGUGGGCUAAUUCUGAUAGCACGUCAAGCAAGAUGUUUGGCUUUGUGGCACGACGGGCAGGAACUGCUACAGAGAAUGUGUGUCAUCUGUUUGCUGAGUUGGACCCCGACCAACCGGCUGUGGCAAUUGUCAACUUUAUCAACAAAGUCAUGCUGGGACCACAACUACAAAGAUGAGAGAAACUGAGCAAAUGAACACAAUGGACGAUUUGGGAUCUGGAUAUAAUAACAUCGUUUGGACAUUUCUUUCCAAGAAGUCUGUAUAUACAGCAACUACAUUUUGUUUUGACUUUAUAAAGAUGCCCCCUUCUAUGAUUUUGUGCCUCAGUUUUUGUUGAAAUGACCACUUUUGCAGCAUCACUGAAGGGCAACACAUUGUUUAGUACUCAGUUUAAAGAAUAGGGAGUAGCAGAGGAAUAGUUUAAAAGCCAAAGAGUUAUCAUACUUUAAACAAUAAGAUUGUAACAUGAGCUACAUUUGGAUUUUUUACUUGAUGCAAAUGAUGUGCACCUAACUUCACCAGUUGCAUAAGGGAAAACUCACCAUUACUGUAAAUACUAUUAUGAAUGAGACUGAGGAGAUCUUAACAAUGUAGUAGAAAGUCAGAGUCAUGUUUUGAGGCAUAAAGUGGUAUAAUCAAAGUUAUUUUGUCUUGUGAAAUGACAGAAGGAAAGAGUAAGUGAUUUCAUGAAUGGGGAUUGUGUGUUAUGUUUUACCCAUGGAUAGUGUUUUUGGCUGCAUUUAAAACCGUUAUGCACAUUCUGGCAUCCUUUUAUUAUUCAAAAGCACAAUUGUACUGAUAAAAGUGUAUUUUUGUUCAAGUGAGAGUAGCAGAUGCUUUUAAACAAUCUAGAAUCUAAAACAGACAGACAAUAUAGCCUACAAAACAUAAUUAAUCAAUAACUCUUAAAAUACUUUUUUUAGAAUUUCUCAAUCGUCCUUUUUAGAAUUGUUUACCAGUUAAAAAAAUUAUAAUUAGAAAAAUCUGAUACUAAUUUGUAUUUUCCUGAAACAUAUAUUUCAACCAAAGUCAUAUUUUUUUGCAAAAAAAGUGAAUUAUGUGAAGCACAAACAAUAUCUAUUGAGAAUCAAUAGAUUCCCAUGGAAGAACAUUUACAAUGCCAACAGUUUUGUUCUUUAACCAUAAAAAGAUUCAGAUUUAACAGUGUCAGAGUGUCACAGGUCAGACUAGUUUGCUAUAGAUUUUGAUAAAUAUGCAUGGAUUGACAGUUUAACCAACUGAUCAGAGGAAAAUGUAUUUUUAAGUCUUUUUUUUCAAUAUUAGUAUUAUUAUCAAGUAUUUUGAAGGAUUUCUUGCUUUUUUAAAUUCAUACUCUUGUUUGGCAAAUAUGGAUUUUAUAAAAACUGAGACUGUAUUUGGAUUUUUUUCUUAGCACAAUCAUUUUUCAUAUCUAAUUUUUAUGCAAAGGAAGUAAUAUAUUUUAGACCUUUAUGUUGUUGAAAAAAAUGUGUUUGUAAUAUUUGAC